CUCUGCAUCACCCAGCUCCAUUUGGCUUUUUUAGAACUAAAUCACUUCUGACACACUGACAGGAAAAUAUUAUCCGUUUUUACGAACCACCCAUUCAAUUAAGUUUUUUUUUUUUUUGCAGUUUUUUUUCUUUUCUUUCUUUUUUUUUAGCCUGUCAGUUGCAUGUGGAUUCAAAACUAUCCGAAAAAGAGCCUGAGGACCACCAGCAUUUAAAACAAAUAAUAAACCUCUCUGAGUCAAAACACUUCUCCUGCUGCAAUCAGGCCGGGAUGCGUGUGGUCCUGAUUGUACACUGAUCUCAAAAUAGUUGAAUGAUCACCGGCAUCCUUUCUUUUGUCUCGGUAGCAUCCCUGCCUCUCCACUUACAGUAUUGUCUGUGGGAUGCAAAGACCCACUGAAGUACUUUGGCUUGUUUUGGCAUUUUUUUCCUCUCCAUAAAGGAAUUACGCUGUUUCGCCGGGAGGAGAGAUUAUGGCAAGAUUUUUGCUGAACAUGAGUCUCGUUUUGGUUUUGUUCGGAUUAUUUUUGCUCUCUUUUCCAUCUGCAAGAGCCGAGCCGGGGUUGCUGGAUGAAGAGGAGGAGGAGGAGAGCUCCUGCCAGGGUGCUUUUGACCUGUAUUUCGUGCUUGAUAAAUCUGGCAGUGUGAAGGAUCACUGGAAUGAAAUCUAUGAGUUUGUGAAGAACUUAGCAGAAAAAUUUAAAAGUCCUAUGCUGAGGAUGUCCUUCAUAACAUUUUCCUCAAGAGCGUCCAUCAUUUUGAAACUGACGGAAAACAGAGUCGACAUCACAAAGGGUUUGAACGCACUGAACAGAGAGGUUCCCGGUGGAGAUACCUUCAUGCACCUCGGAUUACAGCUUGCAAAUCAGCAGAUAAAGAAGGAGAACUUUGGUACUGCCAGCGUGAUUAUUGCUCUGACUGAUGGAGAGCUACAUGAGCAUCAGCUUAGAGAUGCACAACAUCAGGCAAAUGAAGCCAGAUCUCUGGGAGCUAUUGUGUACUGUGUUGGUGUCAAAGACUUCAACGAGACACAGCUGGCCACCAUUGCAGACACCAUUGAACAUGUGUUUCCUGUUUUGGGAGGCUUCCACGCCCUGCGGGGUGUCAUUGAUUCGAUCAUCAAGAAAUCCUGCAUUGAAAUUUUGGCAGCUGAGCCUUCCAGUGUUUGUGCAGGAGAGUCUUUUCAAGUGGUGGUGAAAGGAAAUGGGUUUCUCCAUGCAAGAAACAUCGACCAGGUGCUCUGCAGCUUCAAAAUCAAUGACACCAUCACCAUCAAUGAAAAGCCAGCUGGUGUAGAAGACACAUUCUUACUGUGUUCAGCUCCUGUUAUCGAUGAAGUUGGAAAGGUGAUUUAUCUCCAAGUGAGCAUGAAUGACGGUCUGUCCUUCAUCAGCAGCAACGUUCAUAUCACCACCACAGAGUGUUUCGAUGGCACCAUUCUCCUGAUCACCUUGCUGGCGUUGUUCCUCCUCCUCGCUCUGCUCUUCCUCUGGUGGUUCUGGCCGCUCUGCUGCACCGUGGUGAUCAAAGAGCCUCCUCCUCCACCUCCUCCUGAGCCUGAGUCCGAUGACGACGACGGUCUCCCCAAAAAGAAAUGGCCCACUGUGGAUGCCUCAUAUUAUGGAGGAAGAGGAAUUGGGGGCAUCAAGAGGAUGGAGGUGCGCUGGGGAGGGAAGGGUUCAACUGAGGAGGGGGCUAAGCUGGAAAAGCCAAAGAACGCUGUGGUGAAAAUGCCGGAGCAGGAGUACGAACCCUAUGAGCCAAAACCUAAGAAACCUCAGAGCAAGAAGCCACCUCAGAGCCGGAAGUGGUACACGCCCAUCCGGGGGAAACUGGAUGCCAUCUGGGCUCUGUUCCGCCGUGGGUAUGACCAGGUCUCUCUGAUGAGACCCCAGCCCGGUGAUCAUGGUCGAUGCAUCAACUUCACGAGAGUGAAAGAGGAGUCAGCGGCAGCCAAGGCCCCACCUCGUGCCCCUAUCCACACCCCUUCGCCACCACCACCAGACUACCGCCCCAUGACUUGCACCACUCCACCAUCUACCACUGCCACCAGCCCCCCUGCCAGAUCUCCACCAUCAGGCCAGGUGCUCCCAGGACCACCGCCAUCGCGCACUCCCCCAGGGCUUCCCUGUCCACCGCCAUCACGUCCUCCCCCAAGCCUUCGACCCUAAAUCACACAGACAAACUCCUCCCACCUUACCAAUGCACCUGCUUUGAUAUCACAUUGAUAUUACCGUCCUGUUGACUAGUUCUUUCACUUUGAAGGUUGUGGUCCUCACUGCCAAAGGUACUCCUACUAUAACCCAAAGAUCAGCAGUAUAUUGAAUGCCAGUUGUUCUGUGUGCCACAUCUGGUAUGGGAUAGCAUAUCAAGUGAAACUGUUAGCUGACAAUUAAGCCAUUUAAGCCAUAAUACAGGAUAUCUAACUGAGCUCUGUAUGUAUGUUUUUUUUUAUGUGGCAAUCUAAGAUCGAACCUCCAAAAAAUUGAAAAUGUUUAGUCACAUGAAAAAGAACGUUUUCACAGGCCUCUGUGCAGUUCUGUGAAAAACAAAGUGCAACCCAGGGUUGUAGAACCACCAUUAGCAGCAAUAACAUGAAAAGAUGGAUGGAUGGAUGGAUGGAUGGAUGGAUGUUUAUGGCAUUGCUUAAGUUCAUUGAAGUUUGCAGACAUUCAUUUAUGUUCAGUUCUUUGAGGUCCUGCCGCAGCAUUUCAAUCAAAUUGAAGUCUGGACUUUGACUCAGCCAGUGCAGCACCUUCAUUAUGUUCUUUUUUAGCCAUUCUGUUGUAGAUUUGCUGCUGUGCUUGAGAUCAUUGGUCUGUUGUAUGAUCCAAUUUCGACCAAGAUUUAGCUGUUGGCAGUAUACCAAAGCUAGAGCACUUUGGUAUAGAGAGGAAUUCAUGGUUGACUCAGUGACUACAAGCUGUCCAGGUCCUUUAACUACAAAACAAGUUGAAAUCAUCACCCCUCCACCACCGUGCUUGACAGUUGGUAUUAGGAAGUUUAUGUUUAUAUGCUUUAUAUACUCCACUUUGGUUUUAUCUGUCCAAAGGCCAUUGUUCUUCCAGAAGACUUGUGAUUUGUUCAGAUGCAACGUUACAAACCUAAGCCCUGCUGUCAUGCUGUCAUGUCAAGCCAUACUGGUUCAGUCUUUUUGUUAUUUUACUGUCAUGAACUUUAGUACUUAACAUAUUAACCGAGGCCUGUUGAGUCUGAGAUGUAGCUCUUGAGAUUUUUGCUGUUUCUCUGAGCAUUGCAUGGUCUGGCAUUAGUGUGACUUUGCUGUGAUGAUGCGACUUGCUUCUACUUACUUUAUGAACUCCAGUAAGGAUGUAAGGAGUUUUUAACAGAGCUGAUUAGAGUCCUGGUAAACCUUUCUUUUUCAUAUGGCUGUGAAAAAGACUAUGUGACUAUUUGCUGAUAAGCAAAAAAAUUGUUUUGCAUAGCAGUUCAACUUAAUAUUCUGCCUCAUAUAAAGUGAAUGGGGCUAUCUGGGAAAGCAUUCUACUUUGCAUUUGUGAAAUCAGGGAGGAUUGUUGCUGGACAGCAAAGCAUGUGGGAAUGGAAAAGUCCAAAAAAAGAUUACUGCAGUGGAUGAAAGUUCUUUGUUGUCUCUAUCAACUACUGAGUUAGGCCUUUGUUAACGAGUAAUAAGGUGAAAAGUGCGAUGUAAGUUAAAAUCAAAGUAACUGUGUUAAGCGCUAGGUAGAAUCAAUUGGCUUGUUUUUCCAUUGCUGUGUGACCAAUGAAGGGUUUUUAAGAACUGGAUUUCCAAGUAAUCUUAGCUGAUCGUAUUUUUAAUGGUGUUACGUAACUGAUAAGAAACAUAUGUUUUUUUAAAUUUCUUCAAAAAGAUUUGCAAUUUGGUGAUGUUUUGUUAUCCAACAACAAUGUACCAAAGUAACAAAUCCCGACUAUAUAGUCCAGAGAUGAUCCAGUUAUAUAAUUUGUGGUCAGGUUUUUGUACCUAUUGUGACAGGGAAGUGUACGGAGGUUAUGUGGAAGGUGUGUUUUUACAAUAUAUGUUUGAGAUAUGUUUUAAAUACUUUGUUGGUUGAUAUCUUGAGGCUUCGGAAUUUGUCCUUAACCACAUUUUCAUGUAGUCGAUUUUAGGUUACAGCAAUUUAUGUUUUUUGGUUUGUUUUGGUUUUGGUUUAUUGUACCUGCGCACAUAGACUGCUGGGAAAUUACAAUGUGUAUUUGCUUUUUUUAGCAGUGAAACUGAUGAAAUCGAGCAUUCAAAAAUCAGGUUCAUGUCUCUCCUCACAUUUUUAUACACAAUGCUGAUACUGUACUUUAAUACCAUUAUUAUGUGUAUUGUAUGUCUUCAGUUAUAUCAUCACCGGUCACAUUGCAACUGCAGGGCAGUUCAAAGCGCAUCUAAUUUAUUUUACUCCCCGACAGAAAUAGAGGAGAGUACUUGAAUAUUGACAAGGUGUCCAAUCACCGAGAUGAACACUGUGUGCACAGUUAGGAAACACAACAGAUAACCAUUUAAAGGUCAUUUUAGGCUUACCAGCAUUUAUCAACCCCUUAGCUACACUAAAAAGAUUUUGUCUACAUUAGAAAAUGGUUCUAGCUAGCAGAUAAAAAGACAAUUUUUUUAGCUUAGCAUUAACUCACAUAAUUGAGAUAAAACCUGCCAAAAAUUAGCAAAAACAUUUAGAUUUCUUGGUUUAGGAAAGAGGUUGAAACUGCUGGUAUUCCUCCUAUAUCCAAUGCCCUUUCAAGUUUUCUUCUUCUUCAUCUUUUUUUUUUAUACUUACAAUUUCAAUGUACGUCAUUCACUUAUGUCCUGUACCGUUGUGUUGCUACAUGCAUUGGUAACAGCUGAAAAACUCCAGUUAGCUCAUUGUAGUUCAUACCUUUGAUGUCAACGUGCUAACCAGUUGGUUUGUUGUAAUGUCCAUAAACAAAAUGUGACAUUAGCAAGACAAACACAUGCUUUGCCAGCAGUUUCUAGCGUCACAUUUGGCUGCAUUGCCUGUAGCUUGGAGGGCUUGUAUGGCCCUACAAGGUGUCAGUAUAUGCAUCAGAUGAAAAUGGAGAUUAUACCACCAGCUUCCCUCUUUUCUAUGGCUCCGUUUGAUAUCCUGCUAUAAAUUACUGUUAAACACCAGCAUAAUUUUAUUAAUGUUAAUGUCUUCUAAAAUUGGAGCUCUAUUACCUUUUUGUUUUUAUGUGCCACUGCAAAAAAUAAGAUUCUGCCUUAGAAAUGUUAAUUGUAUUCAGACUCCCAAACCUUGUGCUUUAUUAACAGCUGGAGCGUCAUUAAAUUACAGAUUUUUUUUACGUCUUGCAGACUGGGUAUAUUUUUUUAUAUUCUGCUAAUUGAGUUCAACUUUAAUGAUAAAUAAGAAAUGCAGCAUACGAGUAUUAACAGCAGUACUGAAGCAAAUAUGAAAGACGUAUAUGAUUUUCUAUUGUUUGAUGUGAUUUUUUUAACAGUAUCAAUAAAGGUUGACUCCUAAGCUUCUAAGGAAA